AGCUUUGGCUGGUUGGCGUGGCAACCUGAGGACCAAUCCCGGGGGUGGGGGUUGUGGGGGUGGAGCCAGCACCGAGAGCCAAUGACAGCGCAGGUGUCGACAGGUGAGCGCGGACGAGCGGCUUCGCUGUGGAAAAGCCUCCUGGGAGCGGAUCCGGUCUGACGCAGCGGGAACCGGAGACGCCGGGACCAUUACACACCGAGGACGCGGCGGUGCUGCUGGUCCGGACCCGAGCUGCGCAGACGGACGACGUGCUUUGAGGGGACAGGUCUCCAACCCGGAGCGGCUCCGUCUGUUGAUGUUUGCGCUGCGCCGCAGCCGCAGCGGGACUCUGCGCGUCCUUUAACCCGCUCUUGGAGCCGGUCCGACGGUCACUGGCUCGCUUCGUCUGACCGAUCAAAGCCGGAGCGACAUGCUCAGCUCGGAGGGUCUGCGGCCGAGUCCCAACGGCAGGAAGCCGCUGGGCAAGCUCGCCUCCCGCCUGGAGGAGGUGAAGAACCCGUGGCGCCAGGUCUCCACGCUGGAGCUGAGCCACAACGAGGCGGCGCGGCUGGCGACGGACGCGCUGCUGGAGCACGGGGAGCAGGAGUACCGCAGGGUUCUGGCCGAGGAGCGCGAGGUCAGCUUCCUGUCCCCGCUCGAGCUCCGCUACAUCAGCCAGCACGGGGCCAAGGCGCGCGGCUCCGACAGCAACGGCGCCGGCGAGCGGGACUUCGGGGACGCGGACGCCGUGUCCGAGCUCACCUCCGGGACCUACUUCCCCAUGAUGUCCGACGAGGAGCCGCCGAUGCUGGAGCUCGGCUGGCCCGAGGCGCCGGUGCGCUACGGACCGUCCGAGACCCAGAUCUACUUCCAGAGGGACAAGUCCCACAACAUCAAAGACAUCAUCAGGUCCCUGAUCAACAAGGCCAAGAAGGUGAUCGCGCUGGUGAUGGACACGUUCACCGACGUGGACCUGCUGUGUGAUCUCAUGGAGGCGUCCAACAAGCGCCGGGUCCCCGUCUACAUCCUGCUGGAUGAGAAGAACCUGGGCAGCUUCACGGACAUGUGCUCGGCGCUGGACGUGCAGAACUCGCACCUGAGUAACAUGCGAAUCCGCAGCGUGUGCGGCGACACCUACUGCACCAAGAGCGGCAAGAAGUUCACGGGUCAGGUCCUGGAGAAGUUCCUGAUCAUCGACUGCGAGGAGGUGAUCGCGGGAUCGUACAGCUUCACCUGGCUGUCGGCUCAGGUGCACAGCAACAUGGUGAUGCACUUCUCCGGCCGCAUCGCCGACAGCUUUGACCGGGAGUUCAGGUGCAUGUACGCCGACUCGCAGAUCAUCGACGGCUUCUCCAACCCAGAGGAGGACGGGAUGCACUACUACCCCAGCUACCAGUCAGUGCUGGCGCCCAGCAUGGGCCUGGGCCUGGCUCCACUCAUGGGCCUGGAUCUGCUGGCUGACAGGACGAGGGAUCGCGGCUGCUCUGAGAACUCCAGCAGUCAGUCCAGCAACAGCGUGUCCAGCGUGAAGGCCGCCCCAGGGAUGGCCUCCAACAACGUCUACAAGGUCACUCAGGGUCACGACGUGAAGGACAGCACGUCUCACUUCAGUCCCGAGAGGAGGGGUGGGGGGCCGACCCCCGGACCCCGGGGCUCCGCCAACGGGGGAAGCAGCCCCACCCCCCUGCACGAGCGAGUGUCCCCCCCGUACGGUCAGCCCAUCGGCAUCGAGUGGAACAAGGCCAACGCGGCGGAUCUCAUGAGGUCUAACAUCAGCGGAGCCUCCUCCAAGUUCCAGGCAUUGGGCUUGUAUGACCACAAACCCAACAUGUUCCACGGAACCCCCAACUCAAACCUGACACCCAAAGCCCCGACGCCAGCCCCCGUCAACGACCUCAAACCCGGCCUCAAACAGAGGACUCCCCCCAAUCAGUUCCUCAACAAGUUCACAGACUUCUUCAAAGACAAAGACUACAGGUCUCCCUCCCCCCUCAACUCCAGCGGCUGGGGGGGCCCGGACCUCUGCCAGCCAGAGCCAGAGAGCCAGCAGAGCCCCCCUCCUCCGCCCUCGCCGGGCGCCGUGAUAAGCCGGAACGAUAACAAACGCUUGACGCUGGGCCACAGCAAACUGGACCUGGUCAACAAAUACAACAAGAAGACCAGGCCGGUGUACAGCCGCUUCGAGCUCAAGAGUACGAACUGAAGAGCUGAGGGGGUGGGUCCCAGCAGGUCUGGGCAGGUCCCAGCGGGUCUAAGCGGGUCCAUCAGGACCCGAGUGGGUCCUGGAAGGUCCCAUUAGGUCUGAGUGGGUCCCGGAAGGUCCCAUUAGGUCUGAGUGGGUCCCGGCAGGUCUGAGCAGGUCCCGGCAGGUCCCAUCAGGUCUGAGCGGGUCCCAAUAGGUCCCAAAAGGUCCCAGCGGGUCCAAGCGGGUCCAUCAAGACCCGAGUGGGUCCUGGCAGGUCCCAUUAGGUCUGAGUGGGUCCCGGCAGGUCCAUCAGGCCCCGAGUGGGUUCCGGCAGGUCCAUCAGCGGGUCCCGGCAGGUCCAUCAGGCCCCGAGCGGGUCCCGGCGGGUUCAUUGAACUCGGCAUCGCAGACAACAAGUCUCGUGUUUGAUUCCUUCUUUCACUGUCUGGAUCACGCCUUCUUCCUCUGUGGUUCCUGAAACCACGUUGCCUUUUAUCUUGUACCAACGAGACUGUGGCAUUUUGUUGUUGUUGUUGUUUACAAAACGCGUUCUACAAAUGAACAUUUUACAAAGUUUUCAGAUUUUUGGAGCGUUAACGUUCGACUCACACACAGGUGGAAUUUUGUGGAAAAUGAAGAGAAGCUGUUUUUCUUACGGAGUGUGUGAGAGUUUGCCAAAGCUCCAAACCAGAUGGUUCCACAGUCAUUCCUGUUAUUUGUGACUUAACUUCACUGCAGUAGAAACAUUGUUUGCUUUUUUUCCUCACCUAAUUCAUGACAACAUGGAUUAAAUAUGGGAGGUUUCAGGAGCUCGCUGUCAUCUGGGUCACGGCUCAGGGUUUUGUCAGUGUCUGGUUCCCAAUUAUUCAACAUUUUCAGAUCUGAUUAAAUUCAUUUAAAUAAUAAUGAUGAGUGGAGGAGUCAGAAUCAUCCACGCUCGAUGCUUCGGGACAUUCAGAAGUUGAGUUGAAACCAAAUCAAAUUUCCCCUUUAAGGUAAAAUAAGCUGUGAGCUUUAGAUUCCGGUGUCAGACCAAACCAGGUGCCUUCUUCUCUGCCUUAACGUUUACAACCGUCACCCUGAAGCUUCAAUGAAGGUACGAAGCAGCGUCAUGUUGUGUGUGAGGAGAAGGUGGAUGAACAAAAAGAGGCCGAUGAGUUUGUAGAACCUGAUCCUUUUAAGAUCAACCUGACGUCUCAGCAAUAAAGAAUAGUCAUCACUGUUCAGACAUGGACUUAAACUGUACAUACAGGACUUUUUUAUUUUUACAAUUUAUUCACCAGAUAAUGUGAAGAUAAAUGUUAAAUUUGUGUUGAAAGAAUUUAUAAGAUGAACAUUUAAGGAUUGAAUAAAAUAUAAGUGAAGA